AUGUCAAGUCGUAACACCAAGGAACAGAGGGGGUUGCUUAAACAGAAGGGUGUUUACCCUUAUGAAUAUAUGGAUGAUUUUGAGAGGCUUGAAGAAACACAGCUCCCACCGAAGGAGAAAUUCUUCAAUAAGCUAAGCAACGAAAGCAUCAGCGACACGGAUGACGAAAGAGCCUGUACCGUAUGGAAUACCUUCAACAUGAAGACCAUGAGGAACUAUCACGAUCUGUACCUGAAAACGGAUGUCCUUCUUCUAGUAGAUGUGAUGGAAAACUUUAGAAAGGUUUUAAAGACCAACUACGGGCUGGAUCCUAUUUGGUACUAUACAGCACCCGGGCUGGCAUGGGACGCUGCGCUGAAGUUAACCGGUGUGGAGCUGGAUCUUAUUUCCCAUCCGGAUAUGUACCUAUUUAUCGAAAAGGGUAUUCGAGGUGGGAUCAGCACUAUUACCAAAAGGUAUGCCAAGGCACAUAAUAAGUAUAUUAGACCUCUUGAAAACCUAACCGGGUUGGAAAGGUUUAAAAAGUGGAUAAUGAAAAGGUUUUCCGGUCUACCAGCCGUGAUCAUAUCUAUGAUCAGCAUGAUUAUUUCAAUCAUUACCGGUACGAAACUGGAGGUUGGUCGCGAUGA